AUGACUAGUAAUUUCUCGGGUGGAUUAGAGGGAAUUGUCGGAUCCUCUCCUAAUCAUUGGAUGUACGGACAGAAGAGAACCUAUUUGAAUAAUGAUACAACAGCAACGACGGAAACUUUGGGGAAGGGAUUUUCAACAUUCUAUACAAGUGAAUUUCCAAGGAUAACUCAUGGUGAUAGUAUCCGAAAACAUUACCCUCUGCAAGAACCAACAAGUGAAUUUGAAUAUAAACCACAAAUAAGAGUAUUAAGUGAACCACAACCAGAAUAUAAAAGUGUGAGGAAAAAGAUGAUUGAUGGACCAACAACUGAGGAAAUUAAAGUGAAGAGAAAGGCAAUGUUUCCAGGUAGGUUUUAA